CCCACCCCACCCCAUCCCACACCAGCAGGCAGCAAGCACCAAGCACCAACUGCCACAUCGCCCGCCCGUAGAUGACCUCCGAUCAGCCCACCCGCGCGGCCACGCUGCCCUCGCUGCGCCUGGUCAUGCCCUCGACCCCGCCCCCCUCGGGGCAGCGGUAUUCCUCGUCCGGCUGCUCGCCCACCAUGGCACACCCCCCGUCGGACUUUUCCCCGGUCCGGAGCACAGCCCCCCCGUUGGCCCUCGGGCCUGGCGGUGCUCCCGGCCCAUCCAUGAGUCUGACCGACCUGACGGCCCCCUCCUCGGCUGGGGCCGGCUCCAGUCGCGGCGUCAACCUGCCACCCGGCCAGCCCGGCAGCACGUCGCCCCUGCCGGUGCCAACGUCGACCGUCUCCUCCGGGUCCUCCUCGCGCUUGUCGGGUCUUCUGUCCCGGCGCAAGCGCGCUUCCUCCCAGUCUGAGGGCAGCCCGGUCACCUCGUCCCUGCUGCCGGCCAUUACGCAUACCUCCUCGCCGGCCGAGCCGGCCGCCCCCGUUAUCGCGUCGACCAAGGGCACCUCCAGCCGGGCUCGCUCGGGCAGCCUCUUCGGCGACUCGACCCCCGUGGCCCAGGCCGUAUCGGCCGGGUAUGCGGCCUCCGCCUCCACCGGGUCGCUCACUUCGCUGGCGGCCCCCUCCUCCUCCUCCUCCUCCUCCUCCUCCUCCUCCUCUUCCGCCUCCUCCUCGUCCGGCAAGCGAACCUUUUCCAUUCGGCCACGCUCGCGCUCCACCACCGCGGCCUCCUCGCUGGGAGACGACCAGACCCCCAUGCAUCCGCCCCCGGCGGCGAUGGCCAUCGACCCGGCGCAGCAGGCCCUGGCCUCGCGCCUGGCCAGCCAGGCCCAGCGCCAGCAGGCCAUCCGCCACCGGGCCAACCCGGGGCUCUAUGGAACCGGGGGCGAUUUGUCCGACGGCGAAAGCGACUCCGGCGACUCCUGCUCCUCGUCGUCCUCCUGCUACAUGGCCGGCCCCGGGGCCGGCAGCGCCCCGGGCAGUGUUUCCUCCAGCAGCGGCUCACAGCUUCUUCACAUGCAGCUGCCCUUCCACUCGGGGACCAUGCGGUCCUUCACCGGCAGCCCUGGCAAUGGCGCCGGAUCUGGCAGCGGCCCCGGCGGCGACCUGGCCAGCGGCGAUGUCGAGUCCGUGGGUGCCGAGAUGGCCGGCGCCGCGGACGACGGUCAGACCCCCCCGCGCAGGGGGUCUCUCCUGGGCGCCGGCUCUCACCAUGUGCCGAGCCUCUGUGCCUGUCCGAUUGGCGAGCAGUAUGUGCCUCCGCGCCGUGGGCGAUCCGGCAGCCUGGCCCCGGCGGGCACAUCCCACUCGACGGCCCCCGGCGGGGGCCACUACCCCGAUGGCGGGAGCCCGCCCAGCCUGCUGUCCUCAACCGACAGCGAUUCGCCCUUCUUCCAGGCUUGCGACUCGUUGCUGCUGACCAGCGAGUCCGGGGACCUGGGCCCGGGGCCGGGGGCCGGGGGCCAGCGCCGGGCAUCGCACUCGGCCGCCCCCGCCACCGGCCCGGUGGCCGGGCUGCUGCUGGACGACAUGCUCGGCUGGGAUGCCCGCUUUGACGGGGGGGCCUCCUCGCCGGCCCGGGCGAGCACGACCGAGGACUCGUGGUCGCCCGGGGCCGGGCCCCGGCGCGGGUCCUUCACAGCCGGGGCCCGGCCUCUGCCGGCCACGCCGCACCUGUCGACCGGCGGCCGCUCCACCGGCGGCGGGUGUGGCCACCCCCACUGCCGGGCGCUGGUGCAUCCGGCCACAGUGGAGUCGCACCGGUCCGCCUGCCGGGCUUUCCUGGCACACCGGGAGCAGUUUGUCCGGUGCAUGCAGAUGGUCGGCCCGCUGUCGGACUCGACGCGUACCUUGCUGGACCCGGGCCCGACCUUCUCUUUCCGGGCCAAGUGUGCCUGCUUCGGUGGCCCGGGGCGGUUGGUUCCCCUGCGCGGGGCUCCGGGUGCCGGCAUUCUCGGCACCUCGCCCAAGAUGCCGGGGCUGAUGGCCACUCUGCGCGGGGCCGGCUCCUCGCCGGCCGGCAGCACUGGCAGCAGCGCCGCCAGCAGUGCGGCCAAUUCCCCGCACCUGAGCGUGCUGUCGGCCUCCCCGUCGGGGGGCAUCUUCGGCGAUUCGCCGGUUCGCUCGACCACGCCGCCGGUGCCCCCUCCGAAGCCCGGCCGCGCCAGCCCCAUCACCGGGACAUCCUUUUCGGCCGCGGGAUCGCCCAUGCCCGCCCUGAAGCCCAUGGUGUCCGUCGCUCCCCCGGCGGCGGGCCCCGGGGCCGGGGCUGCCACCCGCCUGCCUCCCCGGCCGGCGACGCUCGACUUGGCCGGUGGCCCGGGGUCUGGCUGCACCACGCCUCCGCCGGAAGUUGGUGGGCCCGGUCGCGGAGCCGGCAUCGCUGAGGAGGACCUCAUGUCGCCGGUGUCCCUGCCGCCGCUCAGCCUGCUGGCCCCUUCGGGGCUGGGGCCGGCUCGCGCCAUGUCCUCCAGCGGCCCCGGCACGCCGACCCCCUCAGCCCCACCGGCCCGGCCCAACAGUGUCUCCAACACCCUCACCGGCUCCGGCUGCCCCUCGCAGUCGACGACCGCCAGCGAUCCGCACUCGGUUCUGUCGGCUCUGCUGAGCCCAUUCGAGGCGGAGCCCAGCUGUGGCAUCUUCUCCCAGGUCCCGAGCUUCAGCAGCAUCAUCAACAUUUUCGAUGUCCUGUCGUCGGUCGCGCAGGAGCAGGUCAAUCUGUCGCAGCUGUGCCUCUCCCUGUCGCAGACGGCCUACAUGUCAUCCAGCAACAACCUGGCUGGCCUGACGAAGGUGCGGGCUUGGUGUCGCCCCUUCCGGCCGAUUGAGCCUCCUCCUUUUACUUUUUUUUCUUCUUGCUGA